GGCUGAGAAUGGCUUGUUAUGUUGGCCCUCUCCCACAGUGCCUCCUUUCACCUUCGAUAGUAGUCUAUUCCCCAAGGGUGUUACCUGUGUAUGUGUACGAUGCACAUGCAGAUUGUGGGAAAAACGUCAGUGGUGCAAUUCUUUUGCUUUAUGGCGUUGCAUUAGCUAUUGAAGGAUGGGGUGUAGUUGCAAGUUUGAAAAUCUAUCCCCCUUCCGCUGGAGCUGCUGUUUCAGCAAUUACCCUUGUCGUAGCUUUUGGAUUCGCUCUCUCUCGCCCUUGUUUGACUCUCGAGCUUUGUGUACUUUGCAUGCUGUUAAGGAGUGGAAGAAUUAUUGGAGAAACAAUUGAGCUAGGUUACAAUCACCAGAUCACCAUAGGACUCCUCGGAUAAUGACCAAUAUCAAUUUGCAUGCUUCGUAAUGCUUGAUUGGAUUUUUGGUUUGUUCCAGACAAGGCUUUUGUUGGUGCAUCCGUUGGUUACUUCUCAUUUCUUUUCCUACUAGCUGGAAGGGCAUUGUCUGUGAGUUGAUCAUUCUUGAAAUAAUAAUUUAGGGCUGAGAAU